CAGCACUUCUGCACACAUUAACCAUCAGACAGAAGGACUCAGCUCACAACAAUCAUCCGGACCAGGAGAAAGAGUCGAACUUGAGCCUCUCAAAGCCUCCUAAGAUGAAGACGUUCAGUGUUGCAGUUGCAGUGGCCGUCGUGCUCACAUUCAUUUGUGUUCAGCAGAGCUCUGCUGUCCCAGUCACUGAAGAGCAGGAGCUGGAGGAGCCAAUGAGCAUGGACUAUCCAGCAGCAGCACAUGAGGAGGCAUCAGUGGACUCAUGGAAGACGCUGUAUAACAGCAGACACAAGCGUGGCAUCAAGUGUCGCUUUUGCUGUGGCUGCUGCACCCCCGGUAUCUGUGGAAUUUGCUGCAGGUUCUGAGGAAUCCUGCUCCAACAACCACUCAAUAUUAACUUAUGAAGCUUUAAAAUAGUCAGUUUUAACUGUGUUCAUAGGAUGAAACAUUUUGAUUUGGUAAGGUUGUAUUUUCUAUGUCUUCAAUGAUGUGACUGUAUCAACAUAUUUAAUCACAUGUGUGUACUCAUUAAUCAAGUCUGUCAAAUAAUAACAUUAAACGGUACUUCAGAAUAAUU